AUGACAGAAAUUGAACAAAAGCAAAAGGAGGAAGAAAAAAAUAUAAUUUUGAAGAACAAGGAAAGCGCACUUAUAAUAAAAAAUCAAAUUCAGGAAAAUUUCCUGAGGAAGCAGGAGGAAGAGAGAAUGAAAAUAAUCGAGGGGAAACUGAUGCAAAAGCAGUUUGAAAAAAAUAAAGUCGAAGAAUUGGAGAAGAAGAAAGAAAAAGUGAAAGAGCAACGCGCCCUGUGCAGUUACAUGCUUGAGAGCAACAACAAGCACAUUGAAGCCCUGAACGAGCAGAAAAAGGAGGAGAAGAGGAAGGAUGCCGAAUUCGUCAAAUACCAGGAAGAAAAGGCAACGAGAGAAAAGGAAUACGAAGAAAAAGUUAAGCGAGAAAAGGAAGAAAAAGAAAGGGAAGUCCACGAAAUACGAAUGAAGCAGAAAAAAAAUAUCGAACUACAAGCGCACUUUGACGAAAUACAAGCCCUGAAGUGGCAAAAGGAAGCCAAACGGAAGGAGGAGAAAACAAGACUUUUGGAGGAAGAGAAAAAGAAAGAAAAAAUAGAGGAAUUAAAAAAAGCCAGAAUAGUUGCAAUGGAGCUGAAGAAGAAAAAAAAAUUGGAGCUAAUAGAGGAAGGCAAAAUGGAGGCCGAAAAUUCCAAAAAAAUAUUCCAACUCCAUGAAAAGGAAAAAAUGCAGAACGCAGAAAAGGAGAAAUUGAAGAAAAAAAAUUAUUAUGAGAGUUUAACCAAGCUGGUUAAUUUAAAAAAAAAAAAACAAACAAUAAAAACGGGUAAAAAGUAG